CCGACCCUUUUUCCCCCGCCCCUUCCCUGCCCCUCACUGAUUGGCCAUGAAGGCUCAAGUUGGUGACCCCCCAAGGGGUCAAGUAUUGCAGGCUCUCACUGUGGCCUUAGCCAUCUUCUUCACUACCAAUGUAGCCGUCGUCUCCGGCGACUCAUAUGAUAAGUCGCCACCACCUCCUCCACCAUAUGUUUACAAGUCUCCUCCACCACCUUCGCCGUCUCCGCCACCACCUUACCACUAUGCAUCUCCUCCACCACCAGAGAAGUAUCCUCCUCCUUACUACUAUGUGUCUCCCCCACCACCAAAGGAGUCCCCACCAUCACCCUACUAUUACAAGUCUCCACCUCCACCAUCAAAAUCACCUCCACCAUACUACUAUAAAUCUCCACCACCACCGUACUACCACGAGCCCAUCGUCAAGGUAGUUGGAGAGGUCUACUGUUACAAAUGCUAUGACUGGAAAAAAACAGUGGAUUCUCACGUCAAGAAACUCCUUGAAGGUGCCAUCGUUAAGGUGACGUGCAUGGCCGGCUCCAAGUCCUUCGUGGCCUACGGCGAAACCAACAGCUACGGCAAAUACAGCGUCGUCGUCAAGGGCUUCCCCUACUCCAAGUACGGCGCCGAGGCCUGCAAGGUGGAGCUCCACGCCGCGCCCAAGGGGUCAACAUGCAACAUCCCUACCGAGCUCAACAAGGGGGCCAAACUCAAGGUCCACUCCAAGUCCUACGAGGAGAUCCUCCUCACGGCCAAGCCCCUUGCUUUCGCCCCGGAGAAGCCCUCUGAGGAGUGCAACAAGCCCAUGCCCCCCUACUACUACAAGUCUCCCCCUCCACCUCCCUACUACUAUAAAUCGCCGCCACCACCUCCAUAUCAUUAUGUGUCUCCUCCUUAUAUGUACAAGUCCCCUCCACCACCGAUGAAGUCCCCACCUCCCGACCACUACACCACGCCACCACCACCCAUCCACUACUAAGCAUAUAUAUAGAUAUAGAUAUAGAUAUAUAUGUAAGUUCCUCUUCAUGCAUGUUUACACUUGUUUGUUGCUAGACACCUCUCAUGCCCUUGAAUUGCUUUCCAUUUGGUGCUAAUAAAAUGAUCUCCUUGCAGCUUGUAGAUCUAGUGGAAUAAAUUAGGAAGUGUGGAGUAGAGGGAUAUUCUUAUCUUGAGCUGGGUUUUUCAGUGUGGGAGCAGGGAUUAGUCUACUAAUAAAGCAAUGCCAAGGAGAUGUCUUCUUAUAGCCUUAUUGAGGCAGAUGAUUGAAGGGCUAUCAUUCUGACCAUGUUUCAUGCCGAAAUGUGAGCCUGUCCUAGAAUAAUGAGCAGAGAACUUGGCCAAGGACGGAGAGAUCUAGCUAGGGUUGUGUGGUCGUUGUUUUAUAUUAUAUGUUUCCUAAAAUACAUUCUUGUAUUUGUUGUAUGCAUUGGGCCUAUUAUAUUUAGGGAUAUUUGUUUGUUGUUGCACUAUUUGGACAAUAAAACAAGGCCUAUUAUAUAUA